UACUACACAGCACAUGCACUGAUUCACAUUGGCAGCAGUUUUAUCCCAUGCAGGCUUCCGUAGCAGCAGGAAGUGGUUCCGUCGUCGUUUUGAGACCAUUCACUAGUCUCACCAUCGUUUAAUUUAUUAAGUAUAUUAAGAGCUUUUUGCAGAGGUGGUGAUGGGUGACAUUCGUCAGUCGUUGCUGCCUCGCGAUGUGCUGAGUGCAGCCAAAGAGCUGCUGUAUCACCUGGACAUCUACAUCUGUAACCUGGUGCAGUCAGGGAGGCAGCCUCCUCAGGUCGACUCCAAAACCCUGGAGCUGGUGGAGGAGUUCAUUCUGCAUGCACCCAAGGACAGAAACACCCCAGCCAGGAGGAUGAGUGCUCUCCAGGAGCUCCAGCUGUUGGAGAUCAUGUGCAGCUGUUUCCAGGAACAGAGCCGGGAUACCGUCCGCCAGCUUAUGUUCUCGGCCCUCUUCAGUCUCCAAGGCAACCAGGCAGACGAAAGUCGCAUGGCACUGUUAGGCAAGCUGGUCUCCAUGGCAAUCGCUGUGGGCAGGGUUCCUAUCUUGGAAUGUGCUGCUACCUGGUUACAGAGAAGCCACCGUGUGUACUGCGUGCGCUUGGCUCAGGUGCUAGUAGACGACUACUGUAGUAUGGUGCCAGGCUCGGUGCCCACCCUGCAGAACAUCCACAGCGCCAGCCCACGCUUCUGCUGCCAGUUCAUCACUGCUGUCACCACCCUCUAUGACCUCACCUCAGAGGAGCUCACCCCUCCUUUAGAACUCCUCCAGAUGAUUGUAUCGUGGAUCCAAGAUGACCCUCGUCUAGUCCUAAUCACCUUCCUGAACACGCCCCUCUCUGGCAGCCAGCCAAUCAGCUCACUAGAUGUAACACCAUUAGGGGGGUUGGUGCGCUGGUGCGUCAAAGCACCGCUGGCCUACCGGAGAGAUAAGAAGCUGGCGUUAACCAAUGGCACCUCUGAGAGGGAACCAGAGGUGGGGCCUCUUUUCUCUGCCCUCCAUCUGAGUGUCCUACAGGUCUUCAUGCUUUUGCCAAACAUACUAAAUGAGAAGGGGCUUUUCGGUCGCCUGGCGCUGCUCCAGAUGGAGUCCCUGGCCACACUGACCUCAGACCUCUCCAGGCUGUUGGACCAGGCCGACAAACACACGCACACGUCAUCUGCCGACACACACGCGCUGUCCCAGCUGGCCCUGGACAGGCUGGCACAGGCCCUGCAGGUGGCUAUGGCCAAUGGAGCUCUGCUCUGCUCGAGAGAGGACCUGAGAGCCAUCUGUUCCCGCCUCCCACACAACAAUUUGCUCCAGUUGGUGUUGUCAGGCCCAGUGAUGUACUACAACAACAUCCACACCCCUCCACUGGCCUUCAGCCCACACGCGGCACACUCCCCCAUCGCCUCACACCCCACACACCCUGCACACACCCCACACACACAACUUGCCACCCAUCCCUCCUCUCACCCUCAGUACCCCGCUCAGCCUUUCAUGACAGGGAUGCCAUUCCCCUUCCGACCCAGCCACUAAAAGAAAUAAUAACCGACUUGUUUGCCGAUGUGAAGUUGCGUGUUUGUGUGUGUGGAUUCUGGGUAAGGAGUGUUGUUGUCUGUUUGUUGGCGUGCAUGAAUGAAUGAAUAUAUGUAUGUGUGAGUAAUGUGUUAUGUAUUAUGAUGUUAAUAAACCAAUUUGCUUUUGCUAAAAGUCUGAGGCUAACAUGUUUGUCCAAUAAAUAUUUUUUUACCUCA